AUGACGGCGGAAACGCACCGGUGGUGGUUCGGUGACGACGACGACGCGACGACGACGACGUCGUACGCGCGUGAGGACACGCAGAACGUCGUCGAUGAUCCCGUGCGAGAGAUAUCGCGCGUGGUGGAUCCAGGGCAGACGCGACGGAUCGGGAACGGCGGGACGGCGCAGUCGCGCUCGGCGAUUUUGCACUCGCUCGCGAGCAUAGAGAGCUGGGCGAUGCUCUUGGCCUGGGACGCGAUUCAGCGGUUCGGUGUGGCUCGAAAUAUGCCGAAAGAGUUUUAUGAUGAUUUCGUCGAGCUCGCGGCGGAUGAAGGGCGGCAUUUCGCGCUGUUGUCGCGAAGAUUGGACGAGUGCGGCGUCGUGCGAUUCGGCGAGCUGGAGGCGCACGACGGGCUGUGGCGGACGGCGAAAGAGACGGCGCAUUCGCUCGAGGCGAGGCUCGCGGUGGAGCACUGCGUGCACGAAGCGCGGGGUUUGGAUGUUUUGCCGCAGACGAUCGGGAAGUUUCGUCGGAACGGGGACGAGGCGUCGGCGACGUUGUUGGAAACCGUCAUUUAUCCAGAGGAGAUCACGCACUGCGCUUCGGGGCUGCGCUGGUUUAAAUAUUUGCACGCCCGGGAAGUCGACGGCGGUGAUGUCGGUGAAGAAACAGAGGAGAGCGGCGUGGUGAAGGCGUUCCAUGAGAUUGUCCGUGAGUAUUUUCACGGCGCGCUCAAACCGCCGUUCAACGACGAGGCCAGAGCCAAGGCUGGCUUCACGCCGGUGUGGUACGAGCCUCUCGCGACAAAGGUGCAUGCACAAUAG